AUGUCUGAGCAGCGAUGCUCCGUAAGAUCAGAGGCCCAGGACGAUACCGAGAUCAAGAGACUGCUGAAACAGGAAGAGAACACGGUGUGGUUGAUGACAAGCUACCCUCCUAUCUGGCGAAGAUUCGAGGUGCCCGAGCCAGAGGAUUUUGAAGAGCGCCUUGGGUACAUGAUGAUAAUGGAAGCAGAGCAACGACUGGCCACCGGUUACAGGAUUCUCGACGCCCAGCAGGGCAGAUCCAGUACCUCCAUCUCUGAUAAAACGGCUGUUGCUCGAUCUCUCGCCUCUGCCAGCGAAUUAAGCAUUAGUCGCGUCAAUGAUAGCUAG